GUUUAGAAGGAGUGAUAACUCCGAUAUACAAUCUAGAAUUAUAAAUUAAAAGGUUUCCUAGAUCCUUAUUUUGUUUCCCAUUUGUAAGAUCAAUUAUCAGCUAUUAGUCACUAAUUUGUUAUCAGCUCCUACAUAUACUUGACCACAAGCUUCUAAAGGUGUCUGAUCUUAGUAGAAGAAGAGAAAGCAUCCUAUAGACAGGAUAUAACUAACUAAUCCUUAUCUAUUAACUUGAAAAUGAUAUCUUCCAACUUUCUCAAGGUCGAAUCACAACAUACAGUAAAGCUAGAAGUAAAAGAUCUCACGGUUACUGUUGCCUCUUCAACAAAAUCUAAGGAUUUAGAAUCAAAUGGUGGCUUAAAAACUCGAAUUCUAGAUGAUGUAUCGUUUGACUUGGAUGCCGGUCUGCUCAUGGCCAUUAUGGGUGGUUCCGGUAGUGGGAAGACAACCUUAUUAAACACCCUUUCUCAAAGACUUAACCAUACCAAUAAGGGCCUUCAAUUUGAAGGUAGUAUUAAUUAUGUUGGACCAGACGGUUCGAGCCAUAAUUAUGUUAAGAAUGCAUACAUGUUACAAACUGAUGUUUUCUUACCUGGGCUUACUGUACUUGAGACUUUACAAUUUCAAGCAGAUUUGAGAAUGCCUCAAGGUACUCCUUCUCAAGACAAAGCCGCUCUCAUUGAGUCAUUGUUUGAAAUUUUAGAACUUCAACUGGCUAGAGAUCAAGUAAUUUGCUCCUUUACUUCACACACAUCCAAUCUCUCAGGUGGAGAACAGAGACGGGUCACCCUUGCCAUUCAAUUGUUGAGUAAACCUGCCAUUUUGUUUUUGGAUGAACCAACCACUGGACUUGAUACUAGUAGUUCUCUUAAAUUGGUGCAAACACUUCGGAAAUUGGCAUCUCUGGAAUUCAAUGUCACAAUAAUCAUGUCCAUCCAUCAACCAAGACCUCAGAUCUCGGUUAUGUUUGAUAAGAUAUGUCUUCUUACAAGAGGUGGGAGAAUGGUUUAUUAUGGAAAUCUUGUUGAUUCAUGGACUUAUUUCCAACAAUUGGACUUUUUAGCUGCAAACAACAACACCGGUAACAUUUUGGAAUACAUCAUGGACUUGUCUGUGAAGGAUACAAGUUCUAAAGCCGAGGAAAAGACCUCUGCUGAAAGAAUCGAUAAAUUAGUUGCUAAAUGGAGACAAGUGGACAAUCAUCAAGCCGGGAAGGAAUACGUUAUUCUCUCAGGAAAGCAAUUAUCAAAGAAACUCGAUCAGAACCUAAAAUCCUUUAGUGCCAACAAGGAAAGUAGAGUUUCCUUGUGGCGUGAAAUCGAGAUUUUGACUCGUAGAACAUUCCUUCUUACUUGGAGGGACAAGGCCUCGCUUAUUGGGUUGAACGGAGGUUCUGUGUUACUUGCAUGUAUCACAGGAUGGAUGUUUUACAAACCAAAACACGACUUAGCAGGUCUUCGUACGAUCACGUCCGUUCUUUAUGUGAUGUUGGAAGUUGUUGGCUUUUGUCCAAUGUUCUUGGAAGUCGAGAGAUUAUGGAUGACAGAUAUUAUAUUCUUCUAUAGAGAAUAUCGUGAAAAUUUUGUUAGUAUUACGGGGUUUUUGAUUUCUAGAAGAUUAGGUAAACUUCUUCUUGAAGAUUUACCCUUCCCGAUGAUCUUUUCUGCUAUCCUGUACUGGAUGGUGGGAUUGAGACAAGAAAACGUAAGCUUUUGGAUCUAUUUAGUGGUGGCUGUGCUUAUUCAAUUCAUUGGAAUGGCUUCUGCUUUACUUGUGGUUGUUAUAUCUCUGGACUUUGCGAUAUCUUCAGCCGUUAUCAACUGUUUUUAUCAAUUACAGAAUUCUGCAUGUGGUUAUUUUAUCAACGCAGCAACUAUGCCUGUUUACGUCAGAUGGACAAAGUACAUUGCUUAUUUCUGGUAUGCAUUUGGUGCAUUGACUUCGAAUCAAUAUACCGACUGGAUGGGUGAUUGUCCAUAUGAUGACCCAGAUAUGUGUAUUGAAUUUAGUGGAAACUAUCAAUUGGAUGUGUUGGGAUAUCCACAGCAUUGGCGUACUGUUCCCAUUGUAAUUUUACUUGCAUGGUUUGUCGGCAUCCAAAUCUUGGCUGGUGCUGGGUUGUACUGGAAGAAUUCUGAUAUGAGAAUUGCCAAGACCAAAACAAAUAAGAUUGGUGGAGAAGAGGACGAGGAGCAAGAAGAAGAUAAAGAAAUACAGGAAAUCACUGAAAAUGGCGAAGGUGUACCGGAUAAUGCAUUGGUUGGACCAGAAAAGCUAAAGAAUGUACUUUCCUCAGGUUGGUGUCAAGACGGUCUGGAAUCGGAUUCCAUAGAUAUUUCACUUGAGCGAAUUUCACUUGACGUUAUGUUGAAAGAUCCUCUGAAUAAGUUCAAUUUGUUCGCUAAGAAUACUAUUCCAAAAACCUUAUUACAUGAAAUUUCUGCAACCUUCAAGGCAAAUACCGUCAAUGCUAUUAUGGGACCUUCUGGAUCUGGUAAGACUACUCUUCUUAAUUUCCUUUCUUCUAGACUUUCAAAAGCUUCACAAUACGAACAACGCGAGGGUAGUAUACUUUUCAAUGCUUCCCAAAACAUCACAAGAUCAGAAUUGGCACACAUUUCAGCUUAUGUUACCCAACAUGAUACUGCUUUGAUUGCAAACUUAACUGUAAGAGAAACCUUAUACUACCAAGCUCGGUUAAGAUUACCAGUUUCUGAACACCCAGGGAUCCCCACCAUUAUUGGAAGUCUUAUUCGUAAGAUGGGACUUGGAGAUUGUGCCGAAACCCUUAUUGGGAAUGAACUGAGAAAAGGGAUCUCUGGAGGAGAAAAGAGAAGAGUUUCUAUUGCCAUUCAGCUUUUGAGUAGGCCAAAGAUUUUAUUUUUAGAUGAACCAACUUCUGGUUUAGAUUCUUCUACAGCUGCCUCAAUUUUGACUUUAUUGAAUGAAGUUGCCAGGGAAAGUAAAUCUACUAUCAUUACUACCAUUCAUCAACCAAGUGAAGAGAUUUUCCUUCAGUUUUCCAAUGUCCUUCUACUUGCCAGGGGCGGUAGAGUCGCUUACAAUGGUGCUAGUACUGCAGUCAUGGACUAUUUCCUGUCAAUCGGAUUCUUCUGCCCUAAAGAGACUAACAUUGCUGACUACUUUUUGGACUUGGUAUCACAAGGAUUGGAUGAAGAAAUUUCAGUCUCUCAAGCGAGAGUUGCUGGAUUGGUACAUCAAUGGAAGGAUAGAGCCACAAUGAUAAAGCCAUUAUCUGAGAAGUUUGGAGAAGAAAGUCCUUCUGCAUUAUCGCAAAUGAUUGACAUUCGUAAGUAUGAGCAUACAAGACUUCCAUUAUCUACAACUUUCCCAACAAUUGCGUCACGUCAAUUACUCAAUUCUUUACGAUCAAAGGAUGUUCUCUUUGCUAGAGCCUUUCAAACUACAUUACUUGCCAUUAUCCAUGCCAUAUACUUUUCUCCUUUAAAGGAUACCCAAGAAGGUGUUGCCAAUAGAUUAGGUCUUGUACAAGAAGUUAUGAACUUGUAUUUUGUCGGCUUGGUUAAUAAUCUUUCUCUUUUUCCCAUUGAAAGAGAUUUGUUCUUUCAGGAAUACCAGGAUAGUAUUUACGGAGUGACUGAAUUCAGUACCGCAUAUCUUAUCAAUGAGUUGCCCAUGGAAAUUAUUCCUUGUUUAUUCUUCUCUAUUAUGAUUGUUUUUGUGGUCGGAUUACCCCGUACCGUUGCCAUGUUCUUUAGCAUGUUCCUUACUACGUUUGUAUCCAUUAACUGUGGUGAAUCAUUAGGAAUUUUUGUCAAUAGUGUUUUUGAGCAUUUGGGCUUAGCUACAAAUAUUUUAACUAUUACAAUUAUCUUUGCAAUCUUUAUGGGUGGUACCAUGUCCUUACAUAUGCCCAUGUUUUUCCAAGCAUGGAAUUACAUAAACCCUAUGAAAUAUGCAGUUGGAAUCUGCGCGGUACUUGGAUUUGAAGACCAAAAGUUUACUUGUUCCCAUACCGGAGGAGUGUGUUUGUUAAACUCCGGUGAAAGUGUCUUGGAUUACUAUAAUUUGAAUGUCAACCUAGGCGCUUUCUUUGGUGGUUUAGUUGCUUGUUUGAUAAUGUACAGAAUAAUUGCAACAGCCGCCCUCUACAUUAAGGUAACCUACAGAAAUUAA